CUCCAAUCUAGCCCAUAGGGGUUAGCCUACCCCCUAAUUCAAUUGAUACUUUUAGUUUCACAAACCGUGAAUAUAAAUUCUUUCUUCCUCUUCUUCUGUGGACAGAGGAGCUCAGCAGCUUAAAAAUCAGUACUGAGGAUUACUUCUAGCAAUGAAAAAAACAAAGACAAUGCGGAACGAGGUGUCUGAUGAUGAGUCUUCUUCUGACUCAGAUUCAAGUUCAGACUCAGAAACUGAAAUCAAUGUUAAGCUCGGUAAGCGAAAAGCUGGCCCUGUCAUUGACUUUGAAGCUUUAAGUCGACAUGGUUAUCGUGGUGGUCCCUCGGUUUUGAAAGUGCCUGAACCAAAGGUGGAUGACAAGGAUCGAGAUUGGUCUUGGUCCAGCGGAAAAUUGAGUAGUGGGAGUGGGGAGACAGAAGAAUCUUUUGAAGAGCGACAGAGAACUAGAGCUGCAUUGAACGAUGGGGAGGAGUUGCUCUAUGCAAAAACAAGGAAGGAUAGGGAAAUUGAGAGGGAGAAGGAAAGGGUAAAGGAAAUGGAAAGGAAGGAAAUUGAGCGGGAGAAGAAAUCCUUCUCUCAGAAAGAGAAGAGGAAAAGAGACCUUGGUCAGGCAAGUAGAGGGAAGAAUUAUGUUGAGGAAGAGAAGAGAUUGUUGAGAGAGAGCGGCGUGUACUCUGGUUUGAUGCUUAACCUCUUGUAAUGGUUUGCCAACUGUUGAUCUAUGUUAAGGAAUUGGAACAAAGGUUUGCUAGACAAAUGUUGCUUGUAUAAAUGAAGUAAUUUACUAUUAGUGUUGGAAUGUUUAUUUGUUUCUGCUCCUUA